UGCCAUCAUUCAUCACCAACAUGUCCCUCGACCCAACGAAGAAGAAUUACCGCUUUGAAACACUCCAGCUGCACGCAGGAGCAGAGCCAGACCCCACAACAGGGGCUCGCGCUACACCCAUCUAUGCUACAACAUCUUUUGCUUUCAAGGAUGCAGACCACGGUGCACGGCUGUUUGGUCUCCAAGAGUUUGGCAACAUUUACACUCGCAUCAUGAACCCUACUACGGACGUGUUUGAAAAGCGUCUUGCGGCUCUCGAAGGAGGUGUUCACGCUGUCGCGACGAGUUCCGGACAAGCCGCUCAAUUCCUGGCCAUUUCCACACUCGCCGAAGCCGGUGACAAUAUCGUUGCGACUUCGUACUUGUACGGUGGAACCUACAACCAAAUGAAGGUUGUCCUCCCAAGGCUCGGUAUUCAGGUCAGAUUUGUCGAUGGGGACAAGCCUGAAGACUUUGUUCCUCUGAUUGACGACAAGACCAAAGCCAUCUACGUCGAAACCAUUGGAAACCCCAAACACAAUGUGCCUGAUUUUGAAGCCAUUGCGAAAAUUGCUCAUACUCACGGCGUUCCGCUGAUUGUCGACAAUACUUUUGGCAUGGGCGGGUACCUAGCCAAUCCCAUCAAGCACGGCGCAGACAUUGUCGUUCAUUCCGCCACCAAGUGGAUUGGCGGUCACGGCAACACCAUUGGCGGCGUUGUCAUUGACGCUGGCACCUUUCCCUGGAACAAUGGCCGUUUCCCCACCUUCACCGAGCCGUCGCCCGGCUACCACGGCCUCCGCUUCUGGGACGUGUUUGGCCCCAGUGGUCCCUUUGGUGUCAACAUGGCCUUUGGCAUCAAACUCCGUGUAGAACAGCUUCGUGAUUUAGGAGCUUCCCAGAACCCCUUUGGCUCCUUCCUCCUCUUGCAGGGCCUUGAAACCCUCUCCCUCCGCGCCCAACGCCACCUCGACAAUGCCCAAGCCCUCGCAGACUGGCUUCUUACCCGCCCCGAAGUCGCUUGGGUCUCGUACGCGGGUCUUCCCUCCCACCCCUCCCACCGUCUCGCAAAACAGUACUUGAAGCACGGAUUCGGCGGUGUCCUCACGUUUGGCGUAAAGGGCGGCCACGAAGCCGGUAAAACAUUUAUCAAUUCCGUCCAUCUCGCCUCGCAUCUUGCCAAUGUGGGUGAUUCGCGGACCCUGGUGAUUCACCCUGCAUCGACAACACACCAGCAGUUGGCAGACGAUGAGCAGGUCUCAUCGGGUGUUACCAAGGAUUUGAUUCGUGUUUCAGUUGGGUUGGAGCAUAUUGAUGACAUCAAGGAGGAUUUCGCGCAGGCUUUGGAAAAGGCGGUGGGUGGUGCUGUUAAAGCCUAGAAAAUUCAACAAACACAAAUUUUGAGGACGUAAUGUAUGUGUGCGCUGGGGAGAUGCGACCCUUCAAUGCGAUGGGAACUUUCGAAAUGUAUCUGAGACCAGCAAGGUGUCAUUUAACAGUUGUAAGCGCGGAAUGGGAUACGUGAAGGACGUUUUUUGUUUGUAUCUCUUUAUGAAUGAAUGAAUAGAAAUGUUUUUAAACGUUUUUUGAAAAUAUAAAGUGGACUGGUCCGAUUAUUUUGUCAAACAGCGUACUCGUAUUGCAUGCCGACAAGCAACUACAUAUGAAUGCUGUUUUUGCCCAUUUCUUUCUUGUUGAUGGCCCACAU